CGCGUUGUGUACGACUGUUGUUGUUGGAGAGCAAUGGCGGCGCACCGGGAAUCAUCUAGCAAUUGGUUUUUCUCCCGGGAGCAGCUCGAGGCGACGCCGUCGCGCCGGUGCGGAGUUGAGCCCGACAGAGAGCUCUCCUACCGGCAGCAAGCCGCAAAUCUCAUCCAGGACAUGGGGCAGAGGCUUAACGUCUCGCAACUGACGAUAAAUACAGCAAUUGUUUACAUGCACAGGUUUUAUAUGUACCACUCGUUCACCAAGUUCCACAGAAACAUCAUCUCUCCCACCACGCUAUUCUUGGCAGCAAAAGUCGAGGAGCAGCCGCGAAAGCUUGAACACGUCAUUAAAGUGGCUCACGCCUGUUUAAACCCUCAAGAGGCUCCAUUAGAUACAAAAAGUAAUGCGUACCUCCAGCAAGCUCAAGAGCUGGUGAUACUUGAAACCAUAGUGCUGCAGACUUUAGGCUUUGAAAUAACUAUUGAGCAUCCUCAUACUGAUGUUGUGAAAUGUUCCCAACUAGUGCGAGCAAGCAAGGAUCUGGCACAGACUUCCUAUUUCAUGGCUACCAACAGCCUCCACCUCACCACGUUCUGCCUGCAGUACAGGCCCACGGUUAUUGCUUGCGUGUGUAUUCAUCUAGCCUGCAAGUGGUCUAACUGGGCGAUCCCCGUCUCUACUGACGGCAAACACUGGUGGGAGUAUGUGGACGGUUCAGUCACGCUCGAGCUGCUAGACGAACUGACACAUGAGUUUCUUCAGAUUUUGGAGAAGACUCCCAGUAAGUUAAAGAGGAUUCGAAACUGGAGGGCAACACAAGCUGCCAAGAAACCUAAAACAGACGGAUCGUCGUCAGAGAGCAGCUCUUUUCCCGGCCCCUCGUUAACGCAGGACCAGUCGAUGGUGGACGCCCUUUCUGCAAACGCAGCCUUUUCCAAACCUUCCACGUCGUUUUCCCUUUCGCUGCCGGGCAGCGCCCUUCCACUGGACCAUAUCGCCAGCGCUGUGCAAGGUGCCUCGUACACUUUCACAGCCCCCGGCGACUGGCCUCAAGACCAAUCCCGCGCAGACUCGUACCUUCUCAAACAGCUUCCCCUGCACCCGCACCGGCCCGACCGAAGUGCAGAGUUCACCGCCGUCAAACAUGAACACAAGUCCAGCAAACACCAAUCUUCCUUGUACCCCCCUCCGCCCACAGCUCAGCCGCAAAAAAUGUCGCUGGAAAAGUACAAGGAGAAGCACGCGGCCGAACUGGCAGCACAAAAACGCAGGCAAGAGCAGCAAAGCGCGGAAUCUGAGGGCAGAGAUUCAUACGGGAGCUCUAGCCAGCUCGAGCACCGGAAGCCACAACUGCCUUACAGUCACGGGCAGCACGGCUCAGGCACCAGCAGCACCUCUACCAGCUCUCCGCUAAAGAUGAAGCUGCCCUUAACAGGCCAGGAAAAAGUCCAAGCUGAGAAAUGCGACAAGGGGAGCUUGCUCAAGCUCCGGCUUCCAGUCCAGGCCGAGAAAAGCGGAGCAAGUAAAGAGGAGCUUAAGAUGAAGAUUAAGGUUUCCUCAGAGCGCCACAGCUCUUCAGAUGAAGGAGCAAGCAAAAGCAAGCAUUCCAGUCCGUUAGUGAGCAAAGAAAAGCAUCGGCACCACCAUAAACACGGGCACUCGAACCCACACUCACACAGCGGCAGCGGCUCCGCCCUCAGAAGCCCGGUGAGCCUCGGCGGAGACGGGGUCGGCGCCGCACAGGGCUCAAGCUCUUCCCGUAAGAGGACGCACACCGAAGGCAGCCAUAACCACCACUCGAAAAAGAGCAAAAGCACCAAGCUGGCCGCAGGAGGUGGUCUCCGGCCGUCUCAACACGCUGGUGAAAGUGGACAAGGAGACAGCGGAGAGCCGUGGCUCUGAGGGCACUCGUUCAACAUGUGCCUAUGGAAUAAUGAACUCAUGAUCUUGUUGAGAAGGCAAUCAAGGUUCAUCCUUGAGAAAAAAUAAAAUAUAAUGUGAGAGCAAAAGUUUAAAUAUAUAUAUAUAUCUAUACUUCCUGAUCAUCUUCGCAGUUCGGUUGCGUGCUCCUUUUUCUCCGUGUGUAACUGCUGCUUUGUGUUCCAUAUUUUCAAGUGUGCGUGCGUGCGCGUGUUUUAUGGGGCCAUUUUGGUGCAAAGAAGUUUCUCCACAGGAUAAAAGAAAGAAUGCUGUAAGGCAAAAAGCGUGCAAUUUUUUUAUUUAUUGUUAUAUAUUUUUUUCCCUCCCCACUUUAUAAUUUAAACGAAACCAUGAAACACUGAUGAUAUAGUCCCCACCCCCCAUGACCCGACACACGUCCCUGAAUCAGUGUGGGUGUGGUUGUUGGAGAGGCGUUAAAGCGAGUGCUUUUUAAGUUGCGUAGUUCUAAACACGCCCCUUUUUUUCAUUUCUUUCCAUUUUUGCAGCCUCGUACGGAUGAUGUGCAUGUUUCAGCUGUCAAAGGGAAGAAUUUAGACCGCUGUUUAUAGAGUGGAGAUAAAUGUACAUACGUUUUUGUAUGUUUAAAAAAAAAGCUAUAAUAUAAAUACUCAGGUUUGGUGCUGCUUGUAUUGCUAUGUAGUGGAGACGUUCAGGGGUUGCUAUAAGAAUUAAGGCUGAUUCUUUGUGCAGCAUUUGAGUGACACGAGAGCCUGUUCUGUGCAUGGCCGUCAGAAGAGAGCACAGCGUCGACGCCCUGCUAGGAAAUCCACCACUCGCCUGGCGGCGCUGUCCGACUCCGUGCAGUUUAUAAGUAAUACUAAUUAUUUUUCGUGACCUCCAACAUGAACUUAAGCUCGAUGCCAAAGGCUGUGCCUCAAAAAAAAGAGAAAAGAGAGAGAAAUAAAUGUCAAAUAAGGACAAGUAUAGUACUAUGAAGUUUACAUAACCUUUUGCUGUGAAGUGCAUUUAAAAUCAUCUUCUCGGCUUGACUCUGUAGCCUACAUGUACAAAGCUGUAAAUCAAUAAUAGGUUUAUUUGAAUAAGUCAUGUUGGAUAACAAGUGACCAGGCCUGUUCCAUCAGUGUUCACUUUCCUCCAUGGAUAUGUUUUUUUUGGUUGUUGUUUUUUUGUACAUGCAUUCAGAUUGUUCUAAGUGCACCAAGAAAUUUGUGAGACGUUUUACGUCAAGACGCAGAAACUCGGACAUUUGAGCAAACCAAGUGCAAACCUUUGCGUCUAGAUUUUGUUCCCUUCCUUAAUUUCAUUUAGAUCCUAACAAUAAAUCACAUGGUUUCCAUCAUGUUUAACCUAA